AGGUACUUCUUCUCACACGCAGCGAUCGCGAUUUACUUGCUAUGUUGUUGAGCGAUAAAGUUUCACAGCACUUAGUACACUGCAAAUGCAUUAUUACUUAGUAGUGGACAUUUAAAACUCAAAGGAAGUGAAUAGUGAAUUUGAUUCGAAAUAAACAUAUUAUUAUAUAUAGGUACCUAUAAUCGUUUGUUUCUGUUGCGUUGUUGUGCAGUCUUGUAAGCUACUGAGCCGCAAACAACAUGGGAGGUUGCUGGUCAAGUAAAAGCGACGGCGGUCGAAGCACCGCGUACGUCCGGUCUUCCUUCAGGGACGAGCGAACGCAUCGAGUACCUGAAGUACGCCCUGAGAAACUCAAGCCUUUAUAUGGAGAGUAUAGAUGCGGCCGCUGUAAAAACUUUUGGACUAGCCGUCUUUCGUGGCCCAACAAAUAUCAACAAUGUAAACGUUGUAAGUCUUACGUACAUCCAAAAAAUCAGAGGGAACUACGGCCUACUGACUACAAACGUAGCAAUGACGUCGGCUUGGAGCAUCCUCGACAGUUUUGUGAGAUGUGCAAAGAAAUGGGAAAAUACUGUGCAACGAAUUCACCACAAUAAUUUGUUAUAAAGUCCGUAUCUGCUAAAUAAGAACUUAGGGUCAAAUCAAAUUACCGAAGUCAAUGCGUCUAUCUGAAAUAUCCUGCCAAAUCCACAAUUAACUCCGGAAAUUAAGUAACGCACAUAUUCCUGUGAAAAACGGAAUACCUACGUAAAAAUGUCUAUGCUGAUUAGGUGAUUUCCUAAUG